UUCAUCGCACUCUCCACGACAAUGGCUUCCCUUGUUUCUUCUUCUUCUUCUUCCAUUGCAGUAUGUUUAAUUAGUCUAAGUUUCGUGUCUGUGGCCGUCAUGGCUGCGACACCAAGGAGAGCUAUCGAUGUUCCGUUCCAGAAGAACUAUGUGCCCACAUGGGCAUUCGAUCACAUCAGUUACUUCAACGGAGGCGACGAGGUCCAACUCUGUCUGGACAAAUCUACAGGUACUGGCUUUCAAUCGAGGGGCUCCUACCUGUUUGGCCACUUCAGUAUGCAUAUAAAGAUGGUUCCAGGUGACUCAGCCGGAACGGUGACUGCAUUCUAUCUCUCGUCUCAAAACUCCGAGCACGAUGAGAUAGACUUUGAGUUCCUGGGGAACAGGACCGACCAACCAUACAUCCUGCAGACCAAUGUAUUCAGUGGCGGGAAGGGAGACAGGGAGCAAAGGAUCUAUCUCUGGUUUGAUCCAACCAAAGACUACCAUUCCUAUUCUGUUCUCUGGAAUAUGCACCAGAUCGUCUUCUUUGUAGAUGACGUUCCCAUCAGAGUGUUCAAGAACAGCAAGGACUUGGGAGUGAAGUACCCCUUCAACCAGCCCAUGAAGAUCUACUCCAGCCUGUGGAACGCCGACGACUGGGCCACCAGAGGCGGCCUGGAGAAGACGGACUGGUCCAGGGCGCCCUUCGUCGCCUCCUACCGGGGUUUCCACAUCGACGGCUGCGAGGCGUCGGCCGACGCUAAGUUUUGCGCCACCCAGGGGAUGCAGUGGUGGGAUCAGAAGGAGUUCCAGGACCUGGACGGCCCGCAGUACCGCCGGUUGCAGUGGGUUCGCCAGAAGUACACCAUCUACAACUAUUGCGCCGACCAGUCGAGGUACCCGACCAUGCCACCGGAGUGCCACAGGGACAGAGACGUGUGAUGAAUGAACGCACGUGACCCUCUCCGGCCCCCGUGCAUGCAUGCGUAACUCGGAGUCGGAGAUAACGCUACUCAUUACUGUUAUUAUUUGCAUUUGUCAUAUUUCACUGUCAUCUCUCCGUUUAUCCCCUCGACGAAUUUGUGAUUUGAGACGUUCAA